CAAGAAAGCCGUUUGGACCAGUUUACUGAAAUGUUUUGCUAACUGAGAAAACUGUUUAUAUCUGUUUAUAUCUGUUUAUUAAAUGUUCUGAAUUCGGGUUUUAUCACAAAAGAGUAGUUUUUCUUGCUUUAAAAUUGCAACGAAAAUCUAUUUAGUAAAAAAUAACCGUUUUGAAAAGGGUUUUGAAGCUAAGCUAACCGUUAGCAGAGAUGUUUAUUUACCUGAGUAAGAAGAUCGCGAUCCCCAACAACAUUAAACUGAAGUGUGUGUCAUGGAACAGAAACCAGGGCUUUAUAGCGUGUGGAGGAGACGAGGGGCUGCUGAAGGUCCUCAAGCUGGAAACACACACAGACGAUGCCAAGCUGAAAGGUCUUGCAGCUCCAAGUAACCUGUCCAUGAACCAGACACUAGAAGGACACACCGGUGCAGUGCAGGUUGUAACCUGGAACGAGCAAUACCAGAAACUGACCACCAGUGACCAGAAUGGCCUCAUCAUAGUCUGGAUGCUCUAUAAGGGCUCCUGGUACGAGGAGAUGAUUAAUAACAGAAAUAAGUCAGUGGUGAGGAGCAUGAGCUGGAACGCCGACGGUGAGAAGAUCUGCAUUGUGUACGAAGACGGUGCCGUUAUUGUGGGAUCAGUGGAUGGAAACAGGAUCUGGGGGAAGGAGCUGAAGGGGAUCCAGCUGGCUCACGUGGCCUGGUCUCCUGAUAGCAAGAUCCUGCUGUUUGGGAUGGCUAACGGAGAGAUCCACAUCUAUGACAACCAGGGCAACUUUAUCAUGAAGAUGACUCUGCAUUGCCUGAUGAACGUGACCGGGGCCAUCAGCAUCGCAGGGAUCCACUGGUACUCAGGAACCGAGGGUUACAUCGAGCCUGACUGCCCUUGCCUCGCCAUCUGCUACGAGAACGGACGCUGUCAGAUCAUGCGAUACGAGAACGAUGACAAUCCAGUAAUCAUCGACACCCUUAUGAACAUCGCCAGUAUCCAGUGGAACCACAGCGGCAACGUUCUCGCCAUAGCCGGAUCGCUCAGGACCCCAGGAGGAGAUAAAGAUGUCAACAUCUUGAAUUUCUACACACCGUUUGGAGAGCACCUUCGCACUCUGAAGGUUCCAGGUAAACAGGUGACAGCGGUGUCAUGGGAAGGAGGAGGCCUGAGGAUCGGGCUGGCUGUGGAUUCCUACAUUUACUUUGCUAACAUCAGACCUGAUUACAAGUGGGGUUACUGCUUGAACACAGUGGUGUAUGCAUACACUCGUCCAGACAGGAUGGAGUACAGCGUGGUGUUCUGGGACACAAAGAACAACGAGAAGUUUGUAAAAUAUGUGAAGAGUCUGAUGUCGGUCACAACCUGUGGAGAUUUCUGCAUUCUGGCCACUAAAGCAGAUGAUUCCCAUCCACAGGAAGACGUAGACCCGGACACAGCAACAGCAACGUACGUCCUGGUGCUGUGUAACUCCAUCGGGACGCCUCUGGACUCCAAAUACAUCGACAUCGACCCGCUGUUUGUAACCAUGACGAAGACGCACGUCAUCGCCGCGUCCAAGGAGGCGUUCUACGUCUGGCAGUACCGCAUAGCCAAGAAGCUUACGGCUCUGGAGAUCAACCAGGUGGCCAAGACUAGGAAAGAGGGCCGUGAAAGGGUUUACCACAUUGAUGACAAUCCGAGUGGCACAGCUGACGGGGCACUGGACUUCACUAAAGCCUUCACAGCCACCAGAGAUCCGAUCUGUUGCAUCGCAGCAUCGGAAAGAACUCUCAUAGUGGGUCGUGAAUCAGGGAUCUUACAGAAAUACCUCUUGCCCAACAUUAGCCUGGUUCAGCAGUUCUCUCUGAGCUGCAGAGCCUAUCAGCUCUCUCUAAACUGCAACUCCAGUCGCUUGGCCAUCAUCGACAUGACCGGAGUGUUGACAUUCUUGGACAUCGAUCCACGCGGCUCGUCUGGAGACGCCGAGGGAGGCACCUCGCCCGGAGACCCGUCAAAAUUCGAGCGCAAAGACGUGUGGGAUAUGAAGUGGGCCAAUGACAACCCUGAUCUGUUUGCUAUGAUGGAAAAGACCAGGAUGUAUGUCUUCAGAAAUCUGGACCCAGAGGAGCCGAUUCAAACAUCUGGAUUUAUCUGUAACUUCGAAGAUCUGGAAAUCAAGUCUGUUCUGCUGGAUGAAAUCAUGAAGAGUCCAGAGCGGCCGAACAAGGACUACUUGAUCAACUUUGAGAUCCGUUCUCUGAGAGACAGCAGAGCGCUGAUCGAGAAAGUGGGGAUCGAGGACGCGUCCCAGUUUAUAGAGGACAAUCCUCACCCCCGACUCUGGCGUCUUCUAGCCGAAGCAGCGCUGCAGAAGCUGGAGCUGAAGGUGGCCGAGCAGGCGUUUGUGCGCUGUAAGGACUAUCAGGGCAUCGAGCUGGUAAAGAGAGUGGACAAGCUGCAGAGCGAAGACAUGAAACAGGCCGAGGUGGCUGCGUACUUUGGACGCUUCGAGGAGGCCGAGAAAAUGUACAUGGACAUGGAUCGCAGGGAUCUGGCCAUCAGUCUGAGGAUAAAGCUUGGUGACUGGUUCCGGGUUCUGCAGCUGUUACGGAGCGGGUCAGGAGACAGUGAUGACGCGCUGCAGGAACAGGCUUAUAACGCCAUCGGGGAUUAUUUUGCGGACAGACAGAAAUGGCUGAACGCUGUGCAGUAUUAUCUCCAGGGCCGUAAUCAGGAGAGACUGGCUGAGUGUUAUUACAUGCUGGAGGAUUAUGACGGCUUGGAGCGGCUCGCUAACACGCUACCAGAGAACCACAAGCUGCUGCCGGAUAUUGGGCAGAUGUUUGUCACUGUAGGUAUGUGUGAGCAGGCAGUAAGCGCAUACCUCAGGUGUAACCGGCCUAAAGCAGCAGUGGAUGCCUGUGUACACCUGAACCAGUGGAAUAAAGCUGUAGAACUGGCUAAAGACCACAACAUGAAGGAGAUCGGCCCUUUACUGUCCAAGUACGCCUCUCACCUACUGGAGAAGAAGAAGACUCUGGAGGCAGUAGAGCUCUACAGGAAGGCUCAUCACUUCCUGGAUGCCGCCAAGCUCAUGUUCAAGAUAGCGGAGGACGAGGCUAAGAAGAGGACGAGGCCACUGAGGGUGAAGAAGCUGUACGUGCUCGCCGCCCUGCUGGUGGAGAAUUACCACACUCAGGUCAAACACUCUCAGCAAAGCAGAGCCAAGGGCAGGAAGUCAGAGGCCACCUCUGCUCUGGCUGGGUUGUUAGAAGAGGACGCUGCCUCUGUAGACAGUCACAUUGUGGAUAAAGCGUGGCGAGGAGCCGAGGCCUAUCACUACUUCCUGCUGGCUCAGAGACAACUCUACAACGGCAACGUGGAGGCCUCGAUGAACACAGCCCUCCACCUGCGUGAUUAUGAGGACAUCAUCCCCGCCGUGGAGAUCUACUCUCUCCUGGCCGUGUGUUCCUCAGCUCACCGCGCCUUCGCCACAUGCUCUUGUGCCUUCAUCAAGCUGGAGUCUCUGCAGAGUCUGAGUGCUGAUCACAGGCAGCUGUAUGAGGAGCUCGCGCUGCAGAUCUUCACCAAGUAUCCACCUAAAGAUAACCACAAGAGUCAGAGGGACAGCACAGACGACAGUGUGGAGGGAAAGCUGCCCACGUGUAUUGUGACAGGACGCAGUAUCUCUGAUUAUCAGUUCUGGAUGUGUGGUGUGUGUAAACACUGCGCUCACGAGCAGGACAUCACCAGCUACAGCUACUGUCCCCUCUGUCACUCCUCUCUCACCUGACUCUCUCUCUCUCUCUCUCUCUCUCUCUCUCUCUCUGUGUUGUAAGAGUGAAUGUUCUCUCAGUCGAUGAACCCUGUCAAUUUUCCAUGCAGAAGACAAUCAGCCUCCCUAUUAACAACUUUAUAACAUUAAUCAUUCUAUCUGUUCACACCAGGGAAUGACACCAAAACAGACUCUCUGCACACACCACACACUCCACACACCACACACUCCAAAGCCCACUCUCUCCACACACUCCACACACCACACACUCCACACACCACACACUCCAAAGCCCACUCUCUCCACACACUCCACACACCACACACUCCAAAGCCCACUCUCUCCACACACUCCACACACUGCAAAGCCUACUCUCUCCACACACCCCACACAUGACACACUCCACACACCACACACUCCACACACCACACACUCCAAAGCCCACUCUCUCCACACACUCCACACACCACACACUCCAAAGCCCACUCUCUCCACACAUUCCACACACCACACACUGCAAAGCCCACUCUCUCCACACACUCCACACAUCACACACUCCACACACCAUACACACCACACACUCCAAAGCCCACUCUCUCCACACACUCCACACACCACACACUCCAAAGCCCACUCUCUCCACACAAUCCACACAUCACACACUCCACACACUCCACACACCACACACUCUACACAUCACACACUCCACACACCACACACUCCACACACUCCACACAACACACACUCCACACUCCAAAGCCCACUCUCUACACACACUCCACACACCGCACACCUUACACAUCACACACUCCACACACUCCACACUCCAAAGCCCGCACACACCACACACUCCACACACUCCACUCUCAAUAUUUUUACAUUUCUUGUGUUUUUUUUGCUUAUGGUGUGAUUCUUUCUCUUACUAAAGUCACCACACUCAAUAAUUUCUGUGUUUUCUACUUAAGCUUGUUUAUUUCUCAUUUAUAUUUUUCUAAUAUGUUUUAUACUCACAGAAUAAACACUAAUGUACAGAUGUCUCUGAUGUUUUAAAGUAUUAGUAAUGUUCAUACUUUCCCAUAUAACUCAGACUUACACAAUCAGCUUCCUGUGUUUACAGCUAAAAAAGAGAAGUGUACUGUCUUUACAUGUGCAGCAUGCUACAUGCUACUGGCUAAAGACGCACAUGUCGGACAACGAUCGGGUCUAUAUUUAAAGGGAAAGAAAAUCUGUUUUUUGUUUUUUUUUAAUUAUUAUUAUUAUUUAUAUUCAUGAACUAUAUCUAUUAUGUGCAAAAAAAUAAAGUGGGUCAAAUGAUUUAGAGUAA